AUUAGUGUUGGGGUUUAGCUGUCAAAUAUCAUUUGCGGUCUUCAUGGAACCCAACUUUUUUUGGUCUACUAUAUAUAAUUACAUAUUGAACAUGUGACAAAAAAAGCUUGGUAUUUUGCCGACAAGGUCUAAUUGUAAAAGUUUAAUUCUGUUUGGUUGUGCAACUUCUAUUUGUAGUUUAAUUCUGAUUUGGUUUGCUUCGAAGAGCCUUAAGUUUGGCUAAAUUGGUGAUGAAGUUGGAGGAUGUAUAUACAAUUGCUGUUUGUUACACCUUGGUACCAAAAUCUUUACUCAAAUUUUGACCAGAUUGUCCUUUAUUGCAAGUUUGUUUGGCUAUUGGAUGACAUCUGUCUCUACACGAAGAAGGCACAUAUCGAUUUAGAAAAGGCGAUUCCACAGCGGAUUCUCCAUGUGGUGGACAGACCUGAGAGCAGCUCUGGGGCAAAGGUUUAAUGUUCAAGGAAUUGCUUCUUCUCUUCUGGUUUUCACUAAAGACAGGAAUUUGAUGAUCCCACACAUCUCAGUGCCAGAUAUAAGGUAUAUUGAUUGGGAUGAGGUGAAGAGAAGAGGAUUUGAAGGGGUGGUGUUCGAUAAGGACAACACAAUCACUGCUCCUUACUCUUUAGGGUUGUGGCCGCCUCUGGAAUCAUCCUUUCAACACUGCAAAUCUCUCUUUGGCAACAACAUAGCAAUUUUCAGCAACUCUGCAGGAUUACUUGAAUAUGACCCUGAUGGCAGAAGUUCUUUGGUUCUUGAGGGUACAAUUGGAAUCAAAGUAAUCAGGCAUAAGUUGAAGAAGCCGGCUGGAACGGCUGAAGAAAUUGUACAACACUUUGGCUGUGACUCCUCAAAACUUAUAAUGGUUGGUGAUCGACCCUUCACAGACAUAGUGUAUGGUAACAGAAAUGGCUUUCUUACCAUUUUGACAGAGCCAUUAAGUCUUGCUCGGGAGCCAUUGGUAGUACAACAGCUUAGGGUAAUAGAAAGGGCUCUUCUGAAACGUUGGUCUGCGAAAGGGUUGAAGCCAAAAACUCACAACCUUCUUCCUGAUAACAUGCUGAGUGUAAAAGACAAACCUCUAUAGGAAGAGGAAAUGUGUUUAUAGUGAAAGGAGAAGAAUUGUACCUGUAUCUAUCAUCUCAAUUAGUGGCUGCUAUUUAUGGAAGAGCAAAGAAAUGUAUAUAUCUCUGACUCAUCAUCAUAGCUUGAGUUUUGUCUUUGCGGAUAAAGUAAGGGAGUGUCUUGCUGAAUCGGAUUGCUGGGAAAAUCGAUUGUCUAGGCUUGACAAACGCUUGUCUGGUCAUUUAUCAAAGUACAUUCAGAACUGGACAAUUAGCAAGUGAACUUAGUGAAGGAAUUGGAAAGAAUUGGAAAAACUAGAAAGAGUUGGAAGAAGUUGGAAGUUACUUUUUCCAACUCAAAAGAACAUUUCCUAAAGCAGUAGAAUGAUAAUUACAAACCCGUGAUAAAUAAAGGCACUGAAUAAGAUAACAUGUUAAAGCUCAGUGGCACUUGAGCAAAUUUGACCAUUACAACCUUGAGGAGUAAUUAGGAGCGCUAAUUUCCAUUG